AUGGUAGUUCAUGUCGUUACUGAUCCGGCUCGUCAGAAGCCCGACCUCGAUAUCGCAGCCGACUCUAUGGGCUUGGGUUGGACGGUCCAGUCUCAGGUUCAGCCCAUGACCUUCGGGUCCACGCUUCUUUUGGGCAUGGACGAGCGCGCUGCGAGGCAAGACUUCUCCUGGCCGGCGGGCGGUCAGGUAGCAACGCUUUUCGUGCCGAAGCCACUUGAUUCCGUGUCCGUGACUGGUGGUGCUCAGGUCUGGGUGGAUGUCGUUACUGGUGACCUUUCUGCAGACGGCAAGAGCAACCUAUCGGUGCAGCGCUUCCAGUCUGCAGUGAACAGGUCACACCUUUUCCUGGCAAACGACGCCAACAUCACUGUUCACGCAGGCGACAUCGGAGAGGUCUUCGUGCAGGCCUGGAAUGGCGCCAUCGUGAAUCUGCAGGGGGCAAGAGUCGACUCCAUGCUCAGUAUCAAGGUGGACACGAGCUCCUCCGUGCUCGUCAAGGCAGCACCAUUGCUGCACCCAAAUGCGACGGCGAUCGCCGCGGCCAACUUGAGAAACAGCACCACGACUCCUUCAAACGUGAGCCGGGCGAAUGUGACAGCUGUGAACGCCCACAAGGAGGGGCCCUGA